UCACUAAAAUAAUAAUCAUUCACGGAGACUUUUAUUGUGUAAACAGCGUCGUUGCCGUGGCGACACAGGAAACAUAUCCAUGUAAUGAUUAGGAGUCAGUCGUUUUAAAACAGAGAUCUGCUCUUGUCUCGUGUUGAUGAAGUAAUUUCAGGUUAAGUGUCGCUGCGAUGUGUUUAUUGCUCGGAGCAGCUGGAGUCGGAAAAACACUUUUACUGAAGCGACUACAGAAGUUGUGUCAGAUGGGAGCACAGGCGGAUUUGGGUGAAGCGCCUGUCACGCUGUCCACGGUUGGCACCAACCUCACAGACCUCAUCCUCCGGAAGAGGAAGAUAACAGUUCGAGAGCUGGGAGGCUGUAUGGGGCCCAUUUGGCCAAAAUACUUCUCAGAUUGCAGAUGUGUUAUAUUUGUGGUGGACUGUGCCAACAUUGUCCAGAUCUCGUCGUCUUGUGUCCAGCUGCUGUCUGUUCUCUCUGCGGAGCCGCUGCAGUCUGCUGCUGUACUCGUGCUCUUCAACAAGAGGGAUCUUCCUUGCACCAUGUCUCUUGUGGAGCUGAAGGCGUUGUUCAGGAUGGAUGACGUUAUUAAAGCUGCGCCUCAGUCGGUCUCAACACUAGAGAUCAGCGCUCGCUCCGGACAGGGCCUUCAGGAGCUGCUCAGCUGGCUGUUUUCAAACCGCUCUCAUGAUACAGGAUAGAUGAGUGCAGAGAAUAUUAAACCACAGCUCACAGUGAACAAACUUCAGACAAACGUGACGUGAAGAAGAUAGCUUGUGAUGUUCAGUCCUCUCAGUGCUGUGUGAGCUCGGAUCAGUCCCACGGUCCUCAGUGGAGGACUUUUGAUGACCGUCGUGUCGUUCCAAACCCGUAUGACUUCUGUGCUCUGUUCAACAGUUUAUUAUGAAGUUCAUUUCCACACAAUAAAAGCAUGUUGUCACACUUGAAUCUUUCUCUUCACUGUAAGCUCUCAGAUCUCAUGUGCUCCACCGAAGAUACAGUAUACAGUAUUGUAUUGUUAGAGUAUUGGUAUAUUGCUCUUAUUCAAGUUAAAGAAUCUAAAAUAUAAGAGGCAGUUCACACGUGAUUUUGCUUUGACAAAAGUGAGACAUGUUUAGAAUGAGGAAAAAAUACAAGAUCUAGAGACUCGUUAUUUAAAAAGUUGACCUUCUUUUAACUUAAGUGCUUUUAUAUUUUUAGGAGCGUGUUGUAAAAGAUGCCAGACGUGAGAGCAGAGCUCAGAGAUGUUCACUAAGAUUACA